AGCCUCCCCGCGACGAAGGAUCCGGGUGUGCGCGAGCAAAGGAGCGGGCGGGGAGUCUAGGCCCGGGACAGCACCUAGUUCCUGCUGGGUGUAACAGAGCCCCUUCUCUCACUACUCUGGCCAUACCAUCCCCGCGAUAGAGGAGCAACACAGCUGUCUCUGUGCGCUCUGGAUCAGCGCUUCCUAGAUUUCUAGCCGGAUCGUUUGGGGAAGGGCUCAGCAUCUUAUUUCCGGUGGCGGUGGGGUGCAGUUGCCAUGGUGAUUAGAGAACGGCCCAGAUCUGUCCAGCUGCGAAUGGCGAUCAGUCCACGAAGCGAUGCAACUUUCUCCAGUCAGAAAUCAACACCUUCAGAGAGUCCUCAAACAAAGAAAUUUCCACUAACUGAAGAGGAAAUAUUUUAUAUGAAUUGUAGAGCUGCCUACUUAACUGUCUUCAAAAGCAGCUUGGAAAACAUUAUUUCUAAAGAUCAACUUUACUUAGCUCUUCAGCAUGCAGGAAGAAAUCCAUCCCAAAAGACCAUUAAUAAGUAUUGGACUCCUCAAACUGCCAAACUGAAUUUUGAUGAUUUUUGUAUAAUUUUAAGGAAGGAAAAACCUACUUCAAAAGCAGAACUACUAAAAUCAUUUAAGCAAUUAGAUGUAAAUGAUGAUGGCUGUAUUUUACACACUGACCUUUAUAAAUUUCUAACAAAGAGAGGUGAGAAGAUGACUCGAGAAGAAGUAAAUGCCAUAAUAAAUUUGGCUGAUGUAAAUGCUGAUGGCAAAUUUGACUACAUCAAGUUUUGUAAAUUACAUAUGACAACCAAUGAGCAGUGUCUCAAGACUACACUAGAAAAACUAGAGGUUGACAGUAAAUUGAUGCGUCACCAGUUUGGAAACCACAUCGAAGGGUCCGCUGAAAGGGACCCAUCACAAGUACCAAAACCAUCACCUAAAAUCAUAAGAAAAACUGAUCAGGAAACAUUCUCAAAUAAAGGUGACACCAGGAGUUCUUUACUGUCAGCAACCAGGAAGUUCAAAACAUCUGUUUCUUUCACAAUUACCAUGGGGGCUAAUGGUAACCGAAACUCAAAGUUAACGGAGCCAAAUUUAAUAAAGGACUGGCAACACGUGCAAUCAAAAGGUUGCUUCUUCUUAGAAGAAGAUGGUGAAAUCAUUAGUCAUCAGUACAGGAUGCAAACAGCUCAGAGGUCCAUGGUUUAUCUAACAAUUAAGCCGUUAAACCUGAAUCAAGUUGAAGGAAAACCAUCCCCUUGGUUAUCCGUUGAUACUGCCUUGUAUAUUCUCAAGGAAAAUGAGAGUCAAGCAAAUCUACAGCUUGUGUGUUUUACCGAACUACGAAAUAGAGAAGUGUUUGGAUGGACUGGUGAACUAGGACCUGGAAUUUACUGGUUAAUUCCUUCCACAACUGGCUGUAGGCUGAGGAAAAAAAUAAAACCGGUAACAGAUGAAGCCCAACUUGUAUAUAGAGAUGAAACAGGGGAAUUAUUCCUUACAAAGGAAUUUAAGUCUACUUUAUCAGAUAUAUUUGAAGUAAUUGAUUUAGAUGGAAAUGGUCUUCUUAGCCUUGAAGAAUAUAAUUUUUUUGAAUUGAGAACAAGUGGUGAGAAAUGUGAUGAAGAUGCUUGGGCUGUCUGCAGAGAGAAUUUUGAUACAAAGAGGAAUGAACUAACAAGACAAGGAUUUAUGGAUUUGAAUCUAAUGGAAGCUAAUGAUCGAGAAGGAGAUCCUUGUGACCUUUGGGUAACUCUACACUCUAUGGGCUACAAUAAAGCUCUGGAGUUGACAGAGGCAUGUCCAUUUGUCAUUGAUAUCUAUGCAGAAAAAUGCAAGCCAAAAAUUAAAGCUGUCCAUAUGGAGGCAUGUAGUGGACAACUUGAGAAGGCCAUUUGUAAAUCUGUUCUUAGCAAUGGUGAUGCCAAAGUGAUGGACGGCUAUGAAAAUAUAAUCGUGCAUACUUAUAGUUGUGACACCUGGAUAACGUCAGUUAUUGAAAACAAGUCAGAUGAGAAAGUGAUUAUUCACAUCAACAAUGAGCUAAGUAAAAACUGCGUAAACAACAGAGGACUCAACAUAUUUGCAGUAGAAGUGGGACCCAAAUCUACAAUGGUUUGUCAACAUGUAAUGCCUCUGAAUGAACGACAGGAAUGGAUAUAUUAUUGUAUAUAUUCUCUUAUUUCUUAAAUAAUUAUACUUAGAACUUACCAAACUAAGAAUUAUUUCAGAUUUAGUCUUAUUUAUUAAACAACUAAAUGCUACUUGAUUUAACUGAUGUACCUAAAUAAUAAUCUAUUCAAUUUAUAUGCAGUUUCAUUUUAUGUCCAUGUUAUAUGCUUUAUUAUUAAAAUAUAAAUAAUGCUUUCA